AUGUCUGUGCGCCCGGCGUUUUACCUUGUCUCGAUCACCACCACUCCUUAUUUCACACAGAUGCCCGCCCUGGACAAUAGAGGCCUGGAGCUGGACUCUGUGAGCGUAGAUGACCCUGUCGUAUGUAACGGUAACGGACAGAUCCAGCAUCAGGACAGCGCCAUGACGACCCAUCUGAAGAAAACCAACAACCAGAUGACCAAGCCGCACCGCUUCAACCAUCUGCCCAAACGCCCCGCUGUCGAUCUGGAGUUUAAAGACCUCUCAUACAGCGUCCAGAAGGGGCCGUGGUGGAGGAGGACAGGUUUUAAAGCCUUGCUCAAGUCUGUGUCUGGAAAAUUCUGCAGCCGAGAGCUCGUAGGAAUUAUGGGUCCCUCAGGCGCCGGCAAGUCCACAUUAAUGAACAUACUGGCUGGAUACAGAGAAACCGGGAUGAAAGGUCAGAUCCUGGUGAACGGGAAACCGCGAGACUUAAGAAAGUUUCGAAAAAUGUCGUGUUACAUAAUGCAGGACGACAUGCUGCUGCCGCACCUCACCGCGCGAGAAGCCAUGAUGGUUUCAGCAAACUUGAAGUUGAAUGAAACGAUGCAUGUGAAGAAAAAACUGGUGGCUGAGAUAAUGACUGCCUUGGGCCUGUUGGACUGUGCCCACACCAGGACGAGUGCCUUGUCUGGGGGGCAGUGUAAGAGACUGGCCAUCGCUCUGGAGCUCGUCAACAACCCCCCUGUCAUGUUCUUCGACGAGCCCACCAGUGGCUUGGACAGUGUCUCGUGUCACCAGGUGGUGUCACUGAUGCGCUCUUUGGCUCAGGGAGGACGCACCAUCAUCUGCACCAUCCACCAGCCCAGCGCCAAACUGUUUGAGAUGUUUGACAAGCUCUAUAUCCUCAGUGAGGGCCAGUGUGUUUACAAAGGCUCGGUGCCGUACCUCAUCCCGUACCUGAAGACCCUGGGCCUGCAUUGUCCCACCUACCACAACCCCGCUGACUUUAUCAUUGAAGUGGCCUCUGGAGAGUAUGGGAACAUGAACCCGGUGCUGUUUGAAGCGGUUCAGAGCGGAUUGUGUGCUCUGGACGAGACGAAAAGCCUCAACCAAAACAAUGGACACCAGAUCUGUACCACGACCAACCACAAGAUGGAAAGCCAUACUUUUGCAACCAGCACUUUAAAACAGUUCUAUAUUCUGUUCAAAAGGACGUUUAUAACAAUAUGCAGAGAUCAGGUUUUGACCCACCUCAGGAUCAUUUCACACAUCCUGGUCGGUGUGGUAACAGGUUUACUGUAUCUCAAAAUUGGAAACGAUGCAAACAAAGUCUUAAACAACACCGGCUUCCUCUUCUUCUCGAUGCUCUUCCUCAUGUUUGGAGCGCUCAUGCCGACCGUCUUAACAUUCCCUCUGGAGAUGCCUGUGUUUUUGAGAGAACAUCUGAACUACUGGUACAGUUUAAAAGCGUACUGUCUGGCAAAAACCAUGGCGGACAUACCCUUUCAGGUGCUGUGCCCGGUCCUGUACUGCACUAUCGUGUACUGGAUGACGGAGCAGCCCCCCGAAGCCGCUCGGUUCCUGCUCUUCAUCGCUCUGUCCAUCUGCACGUCUCUGGUGGCUCAGUCUCUGGGGCUGCUGGUCGGAGCCGCCUCCACCUCUCUGCAGGUUGCCACAUUUAUCGGUCCCGUCACUUCCGUCCCAGUGCUGCUCUUCUCCGGUUUCUUUGUCACCUUUGAUACGAUCCCCAAGUAUCUUCAGUGGAGCUCGUAUAUGUCUUACAUCAGGUAUGGUUUUGAGGGAGUGAUCCUGUCCAUCUACGGCAUGAACCGCUCGGAGCUGGAGUGUCCGGGGAAAGCGUGCCGGUUCCAGCAGCCGGAGGACGUCCUGCAGCUGAUGGACGUGCAGGACGCUAAGCUCUACCUGGACUUCAUCGUUCUGGGCAUCUUCUUCCUCAUCCUGCGCCUGGCCACGUACCUCGUCCUCCGCUACAAGAUCAAGGCUGAGAGAUAG